GCUCUGCAGCGCUGGAGUUCUCCCGGCGCUUUUAGACGGUUUGUUUCGUUCUCUUGCGUUGUAUAAAUCGCUAUUAUCCCGCGAUGAAAGUGGCCAGUGCAGCUUCCGUGGUGUCUCCCGGACCUAGCUGCGCCCUCAAAGGGGUCCGGCUGGGCUCUGGAGAAGCGGCGCCCAACAGUAACAACGCCCGGUGCCUUUCCGAGCAAGCCGCCGCCGCCGCGUCGCUCCUGAUGGACAUGAAGGGCUGCUACUCCCGCCUGGCCGCCCUGGUGCCCACUUUGCCCCGGCAUCGGCGCGUCUCCAAGGUGGAGAUCCUCCAGCACGUCAUCGACUACAUCUGGGACCUCCAGCUCGAGCUCCAGGACGAGCCCACCACGGCGGACGGGGAGCCCGCGGGAGCUUUGCCCGAGGCUGCUUGCGUCAACCCGGACGACCGCAUCUUGUGCCGCUGAUGGCUUUGGGGCUGGAAGGAAAAUCCCAGGGAAAAGGCAGCUUUCUGUCGCCUUUGGCCCCUCCAAUGGCAGGGGAAGGCGGCUGGUGACGUGGCCACGCCGGGCUUUGGCGCUAGGCAUCCCAUCUGUCCCGACCAAGGAAGCAGCUCGGAACCGGAAGAAAACCUAAGCCUGGAACCAGAACCGAACUCUUAAGCCGCACCUCCUUUUUGGUGCCUUUUAAUAAUGUUUAUAUAGUUGGAGCAAUGUGUUUUCUGUUUUGGUUUUUACAAAAAAAAGCAGAAUGUUAAUUCUCUCUCCAAAUACUUCUCAGAUUUCUGAGACUCAUCCUUGUAUUGUAUAUUACAAUGCUUAUAUUAUUAUUAUUUUGUCUCCGGAGAAUAUUGUUCUACAAUAGUUUUGUGAGUUUUUUUGUUAUUAAACAAAUGCCUAUUGUUACAAA